CGCGGGGCUGUUGCGCCAUCCGCUCCGGCUUUCGUAACUGCACCUUGGGGCGGCCCAGAGACGCCCCAGCGCGAGUUCCUCAAAUGUUUUCCUGCGUUGCCUGGACUGUCCGCGGCUCUGAGUCACGUGCAAGUGGGAAGUCGCACUGACACGGAGCUCGGCCAGAAGGAGCCGAGCCGGGCACGGCGCGGGGCUCCAGGACUCGCCCGGCGCGCCGAGCGCGGGCCCCCAGGGAUGGGGGCUGCCCUAGGAGCCUGAGCCCGCCCGCCGCCGCCCCGCCCCGGUCGCCCGGUUCCGACCCGCCCGCUCGCCCGCCUGCCCGUCUGGAGCUAUGGACCAUUAGCCAAGGAGAAAGCAUGCUGGCGGUCCGCUGCGCCCUGCUCACCGCCCUGCUGGCCGCGCCGGGGGCGGCACUGGCCCCAGGGGUCUGCCCAGCGCUGGAGGUGGAGAGCGAUGUGCUGACCAGCAGUCCCGGAGCUAGCGUCACCCUGACCUGCCCAGGCAGGGAUCUGGAAGACAAUGCCACGGUUCACUGGGUGCUCAGGAGGCAGGUCUCGGGCUCGCACCACAGCACACGGGCUGGCGUGGGAAGGAGGCUGGUUCUCUGGCCCGUGCAGCUCAGCCACUCUGGAAACUACUCGUGCUACCAGGACGGCCACCGGGUUGGAACUGUGGGCCUGCUGGUGGAAGUUCCUCCAGAGAAGCCCCAGCUCUCCUGCUUCCGGAAGAGCCCCCUGAGCAACGUGGUGUGUGAGUGGAGUCCUCGGAGCGCCCCCUCCCAGAGGACUGAGGCUGUGUUACUGGUGAGGAGGUUGCAGCACGGUCCGGUAGAAGACUUCCAGGAGCGGUGCCAGUACUCUCAGGAGUCCCAGAAGUUCUCCUGCCAGUUGGCAGUCCCAGAGGGAGACAACUCUUUCUACAUAGUGUCCCUGUGUGUCGCCAACAGUGCUGGGAACAAGUCCAGCAGACCCCAAACAUUUGAGGGUUACGGAGUCUUGCAGCCUGACCCGCCCGUCAACAUCACCGUCACCGCCGUGGACGGAAACCCCCGCUGGCUCAGUGUCACCUGGCGAGACCCCCCGUCCUGGAACUCAAUCUUCUACAGGCUACAGUUUGAGCUCCGAUACCGGGCUAAACGGUCAAAGACAUUCACGACAUGGAUGGUCAAGGAUCUCCAGCAUCACUGCAUCAUCCACGAUGCCUGGAGCGGCCUGGAGCACGUGGUGCAGCUGCGGGCCCAGGAGGAGUUUGGGCACGGCCAGUGGAGCGAGUGGAGCCAGGAGGUCACGGGCACUCCCUGGACAGAGCCCAUGAGUUUUUCAACUGAGACCAAGGUGGAGGUGUCUCCCUCUGUGGAGGCACUUACUCUUGGUAAAGAUGAUGAAAAUACUCUCAAUCAUUCUGCAAAUGCGACAAGCUUCCCGGUGCGAGAUUCUCCAGUCCCUCUGUACACAUUCCUGGUGGCUGGAGGAAGCCUGGCCUUUGGGACGCUCCUUUGCAUUGGCAUCGUCCUCAGGUUCAAGAAGACGUGGAAGCUCCAGGCUCUGAGAGAAGGCAAGACGAGCAUGCACCCACCUUACUCUUUGGGACAGCUGGUCCCUGAGAGGCCCAAGCCCACACCAGUGCUUGUUCCCCUCAUCUCCCCACCAGUGUCUCCCAGCAGCCUUGGGUCGGACAACACCUCGAGGCACAGCCGACCAGAUGCCAGGGGCCCACAGAGCCCUUACGACAUCAGCAACAGAGAUUACUUCUUCCCUCAGUAGCUGGCUGGGUGGCGUCUGGCAGGCUGGGCUGUCACACCUGCUGAGCUGUGUUGAUGACAAAGCACAUGCUGGCUUGUCACUGUCAUUCCAGCUCAGCUCUGGUGUGUGGGGCCUCUGGCUUCACUGUAACAGAAGGGCCUCGCCAAAGCUUCGACACUGGAUGAAAAUAGGUUUGCUACACCUGUUCAGAAGGAAGAGGUGGUUGCAUUUUUGAACCACCCUUCUCUAAAGGCCUGCUUAAAGGGGUUAGAAUGACCUUGGGGCCUAUGCAGAGAGGGUGUCAAGAGUCCCCUGGACAUUGAGGUGGGCAGAGCAGGGCGGCUACAGAGGCCUCAGACCCCGGCUUCGUGUGGACAAACUGCUGGCCACCUGCACAUGUGACACAGCUCUGCAAACUGCGCCCUGAGGACAUAGGAGAGAUCUCCAUCCAAAGACCUCCAGUCGCCUCUUUCCCGGCCCACUGCACGGUUCCAUCUUCCAGCUCAGACUCUUGAAACCGAAGUGCCUUCUCGUUUCAGUUUCAGCCUGAGGACGGCUCUUCCUCCACCGCCCGGGCCACGGAAGCUGUCAACUGCCUUUCCUCCCCACUCUGGAAAAACAGCUGAGAGGGGAGGCGAAGCUCAGGACCAGAUGGUUUGAAGGGGAAUUGUAAUUAGUUCCUCAUUAGCAUUUCUCUAAAUGUGAAUCUUAGCCCUAGGCACCUGCUGAAUCCAGAAGCAACUGCACUGACUCAGUUUCCCUCUCUGGAUCCCAGGACUUCAGGAGGAGAGGAGAGAAGCAGAGAGGAAGCAGGGACUCAGGGACAGAGGCUGAAGGGGACGCAACCUCUGAAAACCAGAGUUCUCUAUGGCCCUGUCCCUUGCUUCCCCAAAGGGAGAACUGGUGGGGAGUGGGGGGCGCUCCUGCCACUGGUGAGAUCAAAAUGUUCGAUUCCUGCCUGUUUAUUUUGUUUUCACCUGAGCCCGAGUGACAGGGAAGAACAUAUUUAUCUGAAAAGACAGAAGAACCCCACAGGAAUGUAUUUUAAUUUGUUUUUAAAAAACUGCUGACUAUUCUUCUUGAGAGGAUGGAGGGCCCCAUCCUAGCUGAGGGUAGGUGUAUAAAUGACCUGGGGAGAAGCCCAGGGACUCCGGCAUGCAACCAAGUUAAGUGAAAAGGGGGAGGAGAAAAAGCGCUAUUCCUUUCUUAGAGAAUAGACUCUUGGUUCCAUUUUAAAUUGUGUUUUUUUGUCUUAAAAAGUGAAGAAAAUUGCCUGCUUCUUCUCUAAUUUGGGAGAAAGCAGCUGUUACUACUCCUCCCUGCCAUUGUGAAGGGCAUGGUGUCCAUCUCCUGGUGGCCAUGCCGGGAAGCCUGCUGCCCAUGGCUGCCAAGCAGGGUCAGUUGAAAAUCCCCACCCCCGACAGCCCUCAUUAUCAGUGGGAGGGCGGUUCAUUGAAAAACCCUCAGUGCCAUCCUUCUUUAAUUUAGUUCCUUGAAUGUGAUUCAGUUCAGUUAGUAUGGAAGCUCCAGCUAAAUGUCUCCUGUGUCGCUGAGACUAACCACUUGAGCUCACUUUUCUGUCCGGGCUCUGAAAAUUCAUGGAUGAGAGUGGUUACCCAGACAAGUGCCUUCAUGUAUCACGGGUGCCCCAGAAUGAAGCUAUGAUUCAAAUCAGUUGUGUAACCACGGACCAAAAAUUUACCAGACCACAGACUCUUCUAGUAGUCUACCCUUUUAGAAAAACAACCAUCGGUACCAGACAGGUGGCAAAGGAUGAAAAUGACUGCUUUAUUUACUGUUUCUGAGGUUCAGACUGUUACUAUCUUGGGCGGGCAGUGAUUUUCGUUGCCGGCUUUGUCUGUCGUUUCGGGCCUGUUCCUGCUUCAGGCAGCUCUCUUAAGCUGGCAGAUGCCUGGCAGGUGGGGUUUUUUUCUACAAAGUUUCUUUGAGAACAGCAAAAAUGCUGUUAAAGGGAAAUAUUAACAAAAUGAAAAUCUGCAUGAGAAAGGGUGAUUCUGUGCCCACGGUUCUUGAACUCUUUAUAAAGUUUUACCCACAAGUGCUGUUACCAAAGCCAGGCGGAGAGGUGCUAGUGGAAGAUGUGAAAUCAGAUAACUCAUAAUUACUGAGAGGUAGGCAGCUUUGAUCUCCAAACUGUUUUUGCUUUCAUUAUUAUUGUAACGAAACCACUUUUUUUUUCUGUAUUGAAGAGGGUUUUUUCCCCUUUACAUUUUUAUAAGCUAGUGUAAAUGAAGGAUAAGUAUUUCUCUUCUCUGGGUUGUGGGCUUUUCUCAGUGCACACAGGUAUACGUACAUCUAAGCUUUCUCUGCCCUCCAAUCGAUGGUCAGUCACCUGGUGUUUCAACCCGCAGGUCAUUCUUACCUGUGUUCUGCAGCUCAUGUGCCUUUUAUCCUCAACGAUGAUGUUACUCACCUAAUACCUAUAGAGAUCUGCCACAUGGCUAGAUGGGAAAUGUUGGGAUGGUGAUAAUUUAUAUUAAACGGGACAGUGUAUCCUGCUGGGUUGGAAAAGUUAAAAACAUGCUGGUUCAAAGUCUAAACUAAAGUGGUCCUUAAUUCUUGUAGCAUUAAUAGAACGUUUUUUUCCGAUGCCGAGGGGGUAGCAUUGGCUGCAUCUACAGAGCCAUGAGGAACUCGGAGAGCCCUUUGUUUUGAUGGAGCCCUAGGCCCUGUGGUUUUCUGCCAGGCUCCGGGCUCACUUCAUUCUCGUUCCCCUGCUCUCCUGGGGAGAAGGGGAGGUGUGGCUCUGCUGCCGGGCAGGUCUGGGGCGGCGGGGCCCUGGUGGGGAGCAGAGCCCAGGGCAGCAGGCUGGGAGUGACCGCGGUUCCAGGGUUCCCUCCAGGAGAGUCUGGCCCUUCCUGCUUCGGUGCGGGGCUCUGUUGCCUCCUCUAAGGCCUAGUCAGCUGGGGAGGAGUCUGGCAUCCAGCUCCCGGCGGAGCUGGUGGGAAAUUUAUCUUAAUUUGGAGACGCAGGGGCAAUGGUGGGGCCUUCGGAGCAGGAGCACGGAAGCCAGCUUUCCCACGUGGGCCCUGGGGCUCGGCUGGAAGGCCAGCUGGCCCGGGUGCUGCACCGGACACUGCUGAUCAUCCCCUGAGUUGGGUCCUUCCGACAUCGGCUCCUCUGUGUGGUCUGGUACCAGCACCAGUACAUCUCUAUGGCAACCUUAAUGAUUUUGCAUUUGCUAAUUUUAAUUUUUUUCAAUUAUGGUUGGCAUUCUAUGUUAUUUUGCAGCCUUAAUGAUACAUGAAGAGACAUGGUUGGUUUAUGGGCACACGACAAGCGGAGACCUGCUCUGGAAGGACCGGGGUGGAGCCGCAUGCGGCCAGGCUGCUCACUGAGGGAGAGACCAUGUUUGGGUGGAGACCACAUGUCUGUUAAAUAAAUACCUCAACUUUGUAUUUUGGAGAGAAAUAAUAGUUUCAAGCUUGUUUUUAUUUUUUUACCUAAUUAUCUAAAAGCAAAUACCAGAGGCUGAUGUCUGUAUAUGGGGCAAAGGGUCAGUAUGAUAUGCUUUUCAAUGUUUUUUUUUCUUUUUAUCAGCUAUUUUACAUUUAAAGUGAAAAUUGUAAAUGUUUGAAAUAAAGAAUUUCUAAAAAUA